AACACAAAAAUUCCAAUGGAUUCUAUUGUUUCUGAGCUUGAAGGAGUUCUUUUGAAAAACCCUAAUCCCUUUUGUUACUUCAUGUUAUUAGCUUUCGAGGCAUCGGGUGUAGUUCGAUUUGUCCUUUUACUAAUGUUAUGGCCAAUAAUUCGAUUCCUCGAAUUUUUAGGGAGAGAAGAAUACGGAUUAAAACUUACUAUUUUCAUAGCCACGAUAGGGGUAAAAAUAUCGGAAAUUGAAUCAGUGUCUAGAGCUGUCUUACCUAAGUUUUAUUUUGAUGAUAUUAAUAUGGAGGCAUGGAGGAUAUUUAGUUUGUGUGAUAAAAAAGUUGUGGUGACUAAAAUUCCAAGAAUUAUGGUUGAGAGAUUUGUGAAAGUGCAUUUAAGAUGUGAUGAAGUUGUUGGUAGUGAACUUGUUGUUAGUAAAUAUGGAUUUGCAAUUGGAUUAAUUAAGGAUGAUUUUGACAAGAUUAAAGAUGGGAUUAUUGAAUUAUUUGGUGAUAAACAACCAAUUUUAGGUAUUGGUAGACCAAAAUGUCGUUCUUCCUUCUUUUCUUUGUGCAAGGAACAAUUACAACCACCAUUUUUGAGAAGCAAAUAUCAAAACCAACAACAACAACAAAUUAUUAUCAAUCCAUUACCAGUAAUUUUCCAUGAUGGUCGACUUGUUGUUCGACCAACACCAUUUUUAGCCCUAAUAGUACUUAUAUGGAUUCCACUAGGCAUUAUUAUAGCUACAAUAAGAAUUCUCAUUGGCUUAAUAUUUCCAAUAUGGUCAAUUCCCUAUUUAACACCUUUAUUUGGUGGCAAAGUCAUAGUCAAAGGAAAUCCACCAUUACCACCACCACCAUCAUCAUCAUCUAUCACUAUCACCAAUCCAGGCGUACUAUUCGUCUGUACUCAUCGCACCCUCAUGGACCCUGUCGUCCUCUCGACCGUACUCCAACGUAAAAUCCCAGUCGUAACCUACUCAGUCUCCCGACUCACCGAGGUCCUAUCCCCGAUACCGACUGUACGUCUGACGAGGAUUCGAAACGUGGACACGUGGAAAAUCAAACAUCAGCUCGAAAAAGGAGAUUUGAUCAUGUGUCCUGAAGGGACAACAUGUAGGGAACCGUUUUUAUUGAGAUUCAGUGCACUUUUUGCAGAACUAACCAAUAGUAUUGUCCCAGUGGCCAUGAAUUAUAGAGUAGGGUUUUUUCAUGGAACAACAACUAGGGGAUGGAAAGCUAUGGAUCCAAUUUUUUUCUUGAUGAAUCCUAGACCAAUUUAUGAGGUAACAUUCUUGAAUAAAUUAUCAGAAGAUGCCACGUGUUCAUCUGGGAAAAGUCCACAUGAUGUUGCAAAUUAUUUGCAAAGAAUUUUGGGUGAAACAUUAGGAUUUGAGUGUACAAAUUUUACAAGAAAAGAUAAGUAUAGAAUUCUUGCUGGUAAUGAUGGAAUUGUAUUAACAAAAAAUUCUAACACUAAUUAUGGGAUUAAGAAGUUGAUUAACACCUUCAUAAAUGUGGUAGGCACAAGAAAUAAGAUGAUUAUUGAGAUACUUUAUUUAAGAAAUGUUGAAUAA